CGCAUACCUUCUCACAGAAAGGAUCCGCAAUUCGUCGCCAUCAGGGAUGGUUCCGCCUCUCUGUACAUGCGCAACGUAGAAGCUAGCUACUGUUCCGCCCCUGAAUCGUUAGGGACUUAGGGUUUGGUCCCGUGAGGUAUGGAAGGAGUAUACAGCCCUUCGUUUCCCAGGCUGUUGGCAAAUUGUGGCUUACCGCGCUGGCACGGUUCUUAUCCGCACUCGUCCAGUUACAGAGGUAACUCCAGGCAAGAUGGAUUUCAUGUCUUGGAAAAUGGAAUGAUCUGGCCUUUUAUUUAAUUAUAUUGCUGGACUUUAUGCUUUACAAUACUAAUAUAUGUUGGAAACUAUCGUUAUUAUUAUUUAAAUAUUAACAAAUCCUAUGGUAUACUGUUCUUUCACACGAUGAUCUACAAUGGUUAAAAAUAUGGUAAUUACGUAGUAAAUAUAAAUGGUGAAUGCUAGAAAUAAAAUUCUUAUUGGAAAAAUAGUGUUAUUUUUUACAUUAUUAUCAUAAAUAAAUAUUCUGAGUUCUAUUGAAAUUCUACCGAAAUUUGUUUAUUAAAAGAAAUAUCUGAACAUUCGUAAUUUAUUCUAAAUGUAUUGUUACCGUAUACGGCAUCCUUCAAGAUAAUUCACUUCGAUGACAUCUCGAUAAACGAUAAUCUUCAAAUUCACACGCUCGAUACAAAUACGUGUUGCUUUUUCUAAAUUUUACAUGCUUUCUUACUGGAUCAUUUACUUUGAAUAUGGAGAAUUCAAGAUCAGGAACAUUAUCAGACGCAGAGGCAAACAGAAUGUUAAAUGAAAUCCUUGAUGAAGACAGGGAAGAGAAUUUAGACGAUGACGACGAAGAUGACGAUGAAGGCGAUGAAUCAGAGUGUACAGCAGCUUGCGCAGGAGAUCCUGCUGUUAAAAAGAGACUCUGCGAGUGUAUGCGCAUCGCAGAAAACUCUUCGAGGUUCUCCUUGCGCGUGAUGGAGGCGAUGAGGUUGUUGCAGCGCAGAGAAGACCGUCUGCUACCGACAUCCACCGCAGAGGAUAUCGUCGAUUAUAUUCAAGCAACUUAUCACGACGAUGGUGACCUUUACGCUCAGAUUCGUUAUGGAAUUGUUAGAAAACGAGUAUCAUUUAAUCGGACCAAAUGCGAUCUCGAUGAACCAAGCCACUUGCACGAAAGGUCGAAGGGAUUGCGCGUUGUCUUCGCCAGUUAAGACACCGAAACUUCGCAGGAAACGCGAUGAUAAUGGUGACGAUUGCGACUGUAAAACGACAACUGACGAAGAACUAGAACCUACGAGCAAAAGUCGAAGAGUAUGGAUCAAUAAAUCAAAAAGAAAUACUCGAAGGCAACACGAAAAACAUGAAGAGAAUGUUGCAGCUAGAGAAGUACCGGAAUGCUCUUGUAAUAUGACUGACGAAGACGUAGGAGAAGAUGAAUGUGUAUGCGAGGAUCAUGUGCAAAGAAACGCUAGAUAUAAUAAUAAUACAAGAGUGCAAGAAAGAGAAGAUGUGCAAGAAAAUGAUCACAAAAUAAUAAAUGAAGAAAGACAAACGAGACCAGUUCAGGAUUUCUCGAUAGAGUCCUCAAGAAGAAAAAAUGUUCAGGGAAGGAAUAGAACGAUGGAAAUUGUUGAUAGAACAACGAUAGGAAACAAUAGAUCAAACAAAGCAUUAUCAGAUAACGUGGACAAUUUUUACAGUAAAUUACAAGGAAAGAUUUUGUCUUCUGGAGACAAAAAGCGAGAAAAAGAACUAAAAGCGUGGAUCAAACGUUGUCAAGAAGAAUGUAAACGACAAGAGAAUCGACGAAACAGAAAUAAUUAAAUUUUUCGUUGAGCUCGUGACUCUGCUAAACGUGACUUUGAUCUAAAUUAUUAAUAAAUAACUACUCCAAAUGGAGUGCUCUUUUGAAUGAUAAAAAAUUAUUUUUGAAUGGAAUAUUUUUCAUCAAAUGUGUAAUAAAAUUUUAUCAAAUGUGUAAUAAAUAGACCUUCGUACCUUUUAUUCCGUUUUUACUUGCUUUUUUUUGUAUCAUUAUAUAUUACCUUUUUAUUAGUUUAUACGUAUUAUUUUUAUUUUUCGUUGAAAAUAGUGUCAAACAUGGGGAAAGUUGUAGAAAUCUUCCGGUACGAUCGAUGGGGAUUAAAUAACCAGAAUGCACCGCGAAAGAAAGUGCUUCACUUACAUAAGAUCUUAAUCUGUUAUCUAAAAUGCCAAAUAUCACAAGUAUAGAGAUUUUAUAUCACUUACAUUAGUAAAUUACAUCGAAAAAAUAUAAUUCAUAUUAAACUUAUACCUGUAUUUGAGUUUCUGCGCGAAUGGAUGUUUCUCUUUCUUGCGUUUCUUCUUCGAAAUCUAUUACAUGCAUUAUUACGUUGUUUUCGAACGCUAUCGGUGUACGCGAUCUUCCUUAAAUAUUUAUACACCAAAUCGGAAACCGUUGAUUUCUGAUCAUGGCGUCGUAGAGGAUUUUGCUCCCUAUUUCUAUUAUUUUUGUUCCGAGAUGCCAAUCUAUUCAUAGUUAUGCAUUAUUCGAGAAAAUUAAGGAAGAGAAGUGCGAAUUUAAAAGAUUUAAACGUUACAGAAUCAUCCACUACACUAAUUUCUUUUACCUGACUUCCUUAGUUUCUUCCUUUCUUGUUAUUUUAUAUCGAUAACCUCUGUUUUCUAAUGUCAUUUUAGUUAUUUUAUAACAUUAGAUUCAUUAAAUAAGGAAAGAAUUUAAAAGGGUAUAUUUGUGCCAUUACAUACCAUUAUUUAAUUUAACAUCAUUUUUUUAAAAGGAGAACUACGUAUUUCGUUCGUUAGACAUGAUGCAUAUAUAUAUAUAUGUAUAAACGAAUUCGUCUGCUAUGUCAAUUCAUAAACAUGUGGUCAAAUGCAAAAUUUAUUUAUAAUUUUUACCAAUAGAUGAUACAAAUAUUUUCUAUUACAUAUUGACUUUCCUAUACAUAGUUUGUGCUUUUAUACGUAGUAUUACUAGAGAAUAGUAUCAAGUAGAGAUUAAAUCUAUCAGUAUUAACUAAAUACAAGAUUAAGUCCUGUAUUG